GCUUUGCUCAACCCCCCCUCCCUCCGCUGCCAAGAGAGAUUCCUUUGGUUAGAAGAACGGCGCAGAGAGAUCGAGGGGCUCGUCGAUUUUGCAAGGAAAACCAUCGCAAGUGGGACCCGAGUUUACCUGUCGCGAUCUGCAGCAUCAGUCCACGUACACCCCGGCUAAAACCACCGUGUAGAAGUCAUGUCUGUAGCGGGACUGAAGAAGCAAUUCCACAAAGCCACUCAGCGAGUGAGCGAAAAGGUCGGGGGCGCAGAAGGCACCAAACUCGACUAUGACUUCACCGAGAUGGAAAAGAAGGUGGAUACCACGGCCAGGGCUGUGAUGGACAUUAUGACCAAGACCAAUGAGUACCUCCAGCCAAACCCAGCCACCAGGGCCAAGAUGAGCAUGAUUAACUCCAUGUCCAGGAUGAGGGGCCAGGAGAAGGGCCCCGGCUACACCCAGGCUGAGACCGUCCUGGGGGACUCCAUGCAGAAGUUUGGCAGGGAGCUGGGGGAGGAGUCUAACUUUGGCCUGGCUCUGAUCGAUGCCGGGGAGGCCAUGCGAGAGCUUGGGGAGGUGAAGGACGCUCUGGACAUCGAGGUGAAGCAGAACUUCAUCGACCCCCUGCAGAACCUCCAUGAUAAGGACCUGAAGGAGGUCCAGCACCAUCUUAAGAAGCUGGAGGGCCGUCGCCUGGACUUCGACUACAAGAAGAAGCGCCAGGGCAAGGUGUGCGAGGACGAGAUCAAGCAGGCCCUGGAGAAGUUCGACGACUCCAAGGAGAUUGCAGAGCAGAGCAUGUUCAACAUACUGGAGGGGGACCAAAUCGAGCAAGUGAGCCAGCUGGCCGCCCUGGUCCAGGCCCAGGUGGAGUACCACAGCCGGGCCACAGAGAUCCUGACUCAGGUGUCCACCAAGAUCGAGGAGAGAAUAAGGGAUGCGUCCAGCAAACCCAGGAAAGAGUUUGUUGCUAAGCCCCGCACCUCCCUGGACUUCACCUUCAGCGAGAAUCACAAUGGAGGCAUCGUCAGUGGCGCAGCCCGCUCCCCAGGAGCCAGAUCUCCAGCAAGGUCCCCAGCAAGAUCUCCAGCUCCCAUGGACCAGCCGUGCUGCCGGGCGCUGUACGACUUUGACCCGGAGAACGAGGGCGAGCUAGGCUUCAAGGAGGGGGACAUCAUCACCCUCACCAACAAGAUUGACGACAACUGGUACGAGGGCAUGCUGCAGGGCAACUCGGGCUUCUUCCCCGUCAACUACGUGGAUAUCCUGGUGGCGCUCCCCCACUAGGACCCCCCGGCACGACGGCGGCCACGGCAGCCAUGUUUUACGGUGGCUAAAAAAAAUUAAAUAAAAGGUAAUCCUGGCCUGUAAUUCCCUCCUAAAUAACCCCAAACCACCAUCCUCCCACAUCCCACAGCCCCGUUUUCUUUCUCCUAGUUAUCCGUACAUGACCCAUACUCAAAACAAGAGAAGGAGGGGGGAAUACAUGGAGAUGUAAUGUUGGAAGGAUGGAAGUUUGGCAGAUCGACUGGGGUGGCAAACCACCUGUAUGGAAUCUGGAGGAAAAUGUUCGGAAAAAUGCAACACGUAAAAUAAUAAGCGUUUGGUUUGGGUGAUCUUCAUUUUUCAACAGAUCAAAUCCUUGUCUUGAUUUUUGUCUGAAUUUUAUGAUGCUGUUGUCAGGUGAUUUUGUUGACAGGCCAUGUUUCAGAUGCACUGUUUUACUCUGGUUCACUGUACAUUGUGGAAGGCUUUAGUACAUCUUAAGCACCGUUUCUCUUGUUCUCACGUAGUCGUACAGGUGAAUUCUGAUACAUUUAUUUAGGUUUCUAAGGCUUUAGUCUCUAGGUUAUCAAACUGUGACAUGUUUUACCUGAAUCGGAGUGUAGUUGGGCAGACCUGUUGUUGUUCCUUCAUAUUUCUCUUGAGCGGUAAAUCCUUUGCUAGCAUAUUCAUUUUAGCGUGUACACUAGAACAGGUCCAUUCAAUGCAAUCAAAGGGUUUCAAGGGUCUUUUUGUGUGUGCAUUUUAAUCCUCAGAGUUGGACACACAAAGUCAUAUACAACAAAACAACAACAACAAAAAUUAGCUGAGAAUAUGUUUCUGUAAAGAACUUACAUGACAUGUGAAUGGAUGUGGAGGAGAGUCAACCCACUGCAACCAAUCGGCUAACCUAAAUCAGAAUAACAUUUUUAAGAUUAUGUAUACAAAGGAAGAAAAAAUGAAAUAAAACAAUAUUAAGUGUCACACUACUUAUGUAUUUGAGCCAGUAACCAACAAAGUAACGAUUAUUAAACUGAAAAAGUACAUCGUAACUGUUUUGAAGUGGCGUACGAGAGCAAAAUCGGUGUUUCCUUAAUAAAAAACAAAUCUCAAUCCUCCAAUAUGUAUUAACAACUUGAACGUGGACAUAUUUGUGAACAUGGUUGAUGUGUUUAUGUGCAAAGACUUGCUGUUAAAUCGGGUCGUUUUUUUCCUCUUCUAUACAGCAGGUGGUUUUCUUUUGGUUGUAACAUAAUCCCUGAUAGUCUUUUAGUGUUGGGUAGUAAAACUGUCUAUAUGCCAUAAAUACAAACGCUAAAACCUGAAGUAUUGUAGGUCAAACACUGGUCUGGGGGACUUCAUUUUUCACCAACGGUUAAAUUAGCAAAGAAAGUUGACUUCCUUUUGUUUUGUUUUGUUUUCCUUAAAAUGAGCAAUAGUGAUCAAGUAUAAAUUACAGAUCUACGCACUCGGCCGAAACUCACCAAAUAACCAGACGCAUAACACAGGUUCACAUUUCCCACACACAAUGACAACAGCUCGUCGGGUCUAUUGUAAGAUAGCAGACAAACAUUAUUACAAUAUUUAUAUUAUUGUCCUCUGUAGAUCCAUGUGCCAGUUUGGUGCACGCUCUUCAGGACCCAAAGACAUCUCCACUCCUGUGCGUUUGAUGCAUUAAGCUUCUGAGAAAAAUAUCUCCACAAAGCGUGUGUAUAUGUGUGAGUGCAUGCGUAUGGGUGUCUUCGUUUGAGAGAGAGAAUGUGUGCGUUUCUGUAUGUGUGUGUGUGUGUUUGUGUGAGAGAGAGAAUAUGUGUGUGCGUAUGUGCGUGUGUGUAAGUAUGUGUUUGUGUGAGAAAGGGAAUGCAUGGGUUUGUGUGUGCGUGUGUGUAUGUGUGUUAGAG